UCUUCUGUUCAGAAGACUGCAGAACCAAAGGACUUGCUGGGGUGCAUGCUAGAGAGUGUAAGAUAUUACCUUAUCUCAUGGAACUUCAAAUAAGUGAUGAGGAAGUCUGCAAUGCUUUCAGAACAAUAAUUCAUACCACAUUCCGGGCAUUGAGGGAGAAGCUGCCAGUGCUCCAAAGGGAGGCGAAGGAACUUCCUCCAGAAAAGUUUGGGUUUGAUGAGAAUGGCAUCUACAGUUCUUCAGAUUACAGAUCUGUGUACCAUAUCAGUGCCUAUAAUAAUAAGAAGCCGAUUGUAAAACUGUAUAAUUAUUGCAUAAUUGCUUUCAUUCUAACGAAGAUACUUCACAGAAGCAAGUCAUUUUUCAUUGAUGAAUUGGGAAAUGCCUUCGACCCAAGUGAUGAGGAUUGCAUAGCAACUGGCACAGCUCUUCUGUAUCAAUUUGCUCACAACAGUGUGUUUUUUGAGGUGUCUGAUAUGAAGGUAUGUACCCGAACCAACAAGACAGAUAAUCAGGGUAUUGGAUCAGCAUUGUUUCCUUCAGUUUGGUUGAUAAGGCACGCUUGCAAUCCUAAUGCUGCUCACUACAACAUUGGUUCUGUGAGAGUGGUGAGGUCUGUUAUGUCAAUUCCCAAAGGUUCAGAAGUAACGCUACUGUAUUCUGAAGGGUACCAACAUUUGCCAUUGUCAGCAAGGAAAGCAUUUUUACAGGCCCGCGGAAUUAAGUGCUCAUGCCAGGCCUGUAGGGAAAACUGGCCUACUGAAGCUGAACUUCCAGAAGAUGUGAAAAUGAAAUGCGUCAAGUGUUCAGAUCCUAUCGUUGAAAUAGAUUUCAAGCCUGCCUGUAUAGGAUGCAACAUUCAAUAUGCAAAAACUUCUGCAUCACAGAAAGAUCCUACAGUCAGAAAGUUUUGGUCCGCAGUGGAGGAAGUUACUAAUGCAGAGCAUAAGUAUGAGAAAGUUCUCGCAAAGAUUGGCAGAGGAAAUGAACUUACCAGAACAGAUCUUCAGAACAUUAGCAAUUUUAUUAUUGCAAUGGAAAAGCAUGUAUCAUUGCCUUGUCGAGCUUUUUGUAAAACGCGCACUGUUAUGAUGCAAUACUUUAUGAGAGAAUGAAUGAAAUACUCGGUUGUAUUAUGUUUCCAAUGAAGUCUGUGUUGCUAAUGAUCAAGUGCAGUACAUGAAAUUUAUAUUGCACUGCAUAUCCUUGGUAAUUUAUCAUAAGAAUCCACAAUUUUUCAUUAUACAGUGUUGUUACCAAAAAUUAUGUGCAGUUCAGUGGUUGCUACUGACUUGAAAAAUACAAUUAUUUAUAGCCAUUGCCUUUGCUUUUCUUUCUUAAAAAAUAUAUUCUUAGAUAUUGCUGAUAUAGUAUCAGUGAUUUGUUUAUGAUGGUUCUUCAUAUGUACAUUGUAUUUCAAGUACUAUACAUAUUAGCUGUUGACAGCCAGUUCCUAGGUAUUGUUGAAAAUUUGUACGUACUCAUAUUGUUGAGUCCCCAUUUUUGUAUUUUCAUUAAAUUUUCUUCAUCUUGAGACUUAAUUCAGCUUAAAAAUUGUCACAAAUGCCUGUUAUCUGUUUUCUAAUACUAAGUCCUUGUGUAUCUGCAUGUAUGGAUAUUAUUUUAUGAAGAAAUUUUUUUUAAUCACAAGCUACAGUGUAGUCUGUUGGUAAUUAAGACAAAAUUGAAGGAAUUUGCAGCAAAGAUUGUCUCAGAAGAAAGUGAAUGAUGAACAGUUCUUUAGCUGGGGCUGUUGAGAUACUACAAAGAUUAAAUAAAAAUUCCGGAGUGAA